GCAAAAAAAAAAAUCACAAUUUAUAUUUUCACAAUAGACGCCGCCAUAGUCAACAAAACCGGACCACGACCACGCCCCCUCGUCACGCAAUCUGCUCCGUUCACCACAGCCACUGCCGAUUCUCUUCUACAGCUCCGUCGCCGAAACCGCUUUGGCUUCUCCGCCGCUAUCUUCAACUCCAGAAAAAAAAAAGAAAAAGAAAUAAACGAUUAGGCCUUUUGGUUUGAUUUUUGCAGGUGUGAAAAUUUGGUACAAGUUUGAUAAUAUAGAAGAGUUUGGUUACUUGAAUGGAUGAGUUAGAAGAAUUACUGCGGAGAAAUAGGCCUGAAGAUGUGAGUUGGCUUUGUUCCCUUUCUGCUUCAGAGCUUGAUAUGCUGAUAAGCUUAAAGAUGCUGGUCCUCCAACGUGCAAAAGUAAUUGGCCAUGAAAGUCUAGCUAAAAAAUUUGAUCUAAAGAUGCUUCGAGCCAUGGGGUUCAUAUUGAUGGAAUAUCUCAAAGGAAAGGUCAAGGAUUUAUCUCUUGUUUCUGGAGAGAAUGCGGAAUUUAUGGAUUGUUGCAAUUUAUUGAAAUUUAGUGUUGAGGAAAUUAUGAGUAAUGAAGAGAUUAAGGCAUGUAUUGGCCGUUCCAAAAAGAGUCCAGCAAAAAGUUGAGUCCAAGCUGCACGGCUUGAUUAUGAAUGUAUUUUUGGUCAUCUUGUGAUUUUUCUUUUCUUACGUAAUUUUGGUCGUCAUAUGAAUUUUUUUUUUUCUAUGUAUUUUUGGCCAUCAUAUGAUGAUUCUUAGGUUUACUGGUUUUAAAAUCCUGUCAAUUGUUUCUGAAAUCAAAUGAAUUGGGCAGCUUUCAUGAGGAACUGAGUUGAUGUUAUUCCUCAGUGGUUGAAAUGACCUUAAAUACUGUUUUCCAGAAUAUCCAUAUAUUGUAGUGCAAGGGCAAAUUAAGAAGCCAAUUUUGUUUU